AUGUCAAAUGAAACAGCGUCUAUGAGAGAAAUAAAACACAACCGACAACUCAUUUUGCAAGCUCUAAAUAAGAACACAACAAACUUUUCAAACUAUUCUAAGAUAUCUGAGUCAUUGAAAGAAGGAAACUUAAAACUGACGAUAAACCCAAUGACAGAUGAGUUUCUAUUUCAAGACAGUAAGAACCAUACUGUUUGUAUAAAUCCAACAAAAAGAACUUUAAACGAGAAACCUAUAGAUGAACUUCUUUUGAAAGCAGAUGUUGACAACAAAGCUGACAAAACAUAUGUAGACGAUGCAAUAGCAAAAGAAGAAGAAAGAGCUGACAAAGCUUAUGCAACAAAAGAACAUACUCAUCCUGAACUAGCAGACAAAACAUAUGUUGACAAUAAAAUGUCAAGUGAAGUGACAAGAGCUGAAAACGAAUAUUCUAAAAAGACUCAUACACAUACCAUUGCAAAUAUUACAAACUUACAAGAAACCUUAAACAGGAAAAGUGACGUUGGACAUACACAUACCAUUGCAAAUAUUACAAACUUACAAGAAACCUUAAACAGGAAAAGUGACGUUGGACAUACACAUACCAUUGCAAAUAUUACAAACUUACAAGAAACCUUAAACAGUAAAAGUGCCGUUGGACAUACACAUACAUCUUCUGAAAUAACAGACUUAAACGUUAGCCUUGAAAAGAAGGCAGAUAAGAACCAUACACACGAUUUCUUCGCAACUGUUGGUAUAGAAAAUAUUGCAGGAACGGUUGAAGAACCUGAUGGAACUGGUGGGGAUGUAUUAAAUUGGAAACCUCCUAACUUUCCACAAGGUUUAACAUCGGAUGAAGACAUAACAACGAUGAAAUACACUAGAUGUAGAAAUGUUUUUGUCAUGGAGGAUGAAAACAAAGUUAAAUUCACUGCUCAAGAUUUAUAUGACAACAAAGCUGACAA